UAGAAAAAUUACGUGAAUUAAAUGCGAAACAAGAAAGCAUGUAUAAAAUAUCAGAAGAAAAGUUAGACGCAAUAGAAAAACUCACAGAUAAAGGAAUAACCGAAGAAGUUAGAGCUAGCGCAGUUAGCGCGUUAAAAAGUCUUUUAGAUUGGCCGAACAACAUAGUGUUUCCAGCGCUUGAUAUAGCAAGGCUUACUGUACUUCUCAAAGAAGUAAACGACCAUUUGUGUACAGAAGAAUUACUGCCAAUUAUACGAAGACAUAUCAAACCCGACUCAACUCCAUCAAAUCAAAUGCUCACGUUUCGACUAAUAGCUAAUAUGUUCCAACACGAAAAAGGAGAAAAACUUGGUUUUAAUUACAGAGAUGAAAUACUCGAAUCUUUACUGAAUCUGCAAUUCCUUGGAAAUAAAAAUAAUCAGGUUGCAAUAUCGACUUACAUAUUGAAUCUAAUUGUAGCGCUAAAUAAAUAUAAUGAUAUGCCUGGUAGAACAAGAGCUUUGAAUGUAUUAUUUACCAUAUUGUUACGCUUGAAUGAACCUGAAGCGAUAUUCAGAGCUCUAGUUGGACUAGGAACGCUAUUGGCCGCUACUUCGGAUCCUAAUGAACGUAACGAAUUAAUUAACACUGUGCGACAAUCUGAAUCUACUUUAAAUGUACUUGCAACUUUUUCGGAAAACUCAACUGAUGUCAGUACAACAAACAAAGUGGCAAAUUGUUCCAAGCAGAUCAUUGAUUUGGUUAUUUCAAGUGUUUAAAAAUAUGUAUAUGUAUAUAUGUGUGUGUGCGUGUGUGUGUAUAUAUGUGUAUAUAUAUA